AUGCCAUCGGGGAACGUGAUAACUCCAGAUAAAAUGCAGUUUCCAACCGGCGGUGCGGUUGGGCCUGCCGCCGGCGGUGGGGUUGGGUGGUAUCCAGACGAAAGAGAUAGUUUCAUUUCGUGGAUGAGAGGGGAAUUUGCUGCUGCCAAUGCGAUUAUUGAUUCCUUGUGUCACCAUUUGAAGAGUGUUGGUGAACCAGGGGAGUACGAUGGGGUUAUAGGAUCUAUACAGCAGCGGAGGUGUAACUGGAACCCUGUUCUUCAUAUGCAGCAAUACUUUUCGGUGGCUGAGGUGUUUAACGCAUUGCAACAGGUGACAUGGAAGCGGCAGCAGCAACAGCAACUGCAACAUCGUGGUGGUGGGUUUUAUGAUCCGGUGAAGGUUGUGGGACAGGGAAAGGAUUAUAAGAGAUCUGGUGGUGUUGGGUCUAGGCAAAACAGGGUUGAAAUUGGUGUGAAAGAUACUCAGAGUUCUACUGUAGAAUUCAAUACUCCUGGAAAUGUUGCAAAUGGGUCUGGGAAUUUGAUGGGGAUUGAAGUUCCUAAAUCAGAUCACAAAGAUGCUGCACUUGCAAAGUAUAGCGAAGGUUUAAACACAAAGCCUCAAGUAGACAACAAUAGUAAGAGCCUUGAAUCACUAUCAACAUUAUCUAAGAGUUUAGAAUGUGAGUCAAAGGAAGUCAACGAGAAUCCAAACUCAAAAGGAUGUACUAAUGAACAUUGGGAGAAACCAAAUAUUAUUGCAAAAACUUUUAUUGGCUCUGAGAUACUUGAUGGCAAAACGGUUAAUGUGGUUGAAGGAAUGAAAUUAUAUGAAGAUUUAUUCGAUGAUUCUGGAGUUAAAAAAAUGGUUAGUUUAGUAAAUGAUCUAAGAGCUGCAGGAAGAAGGGGACAAUUUCAAGGAAAUACAUUUGUUAUCUCAAAAAGACCAAUGAAAGGUCAUGGAAGAGAGACAAUUCAAUUCGGUUUUCCCAUUGUUGAUGAAGAAACCAUCACAGGAACCUCAAAGGAUCGAAAAAUCGAACCGAUUCCAAGUUUAUUUCAAGAUUUCAUUGAACGAUUAAUGGCAAUGCAAAUUCUCACAGUGAAACCAGACUCCUGCAUUAUUGAUAUCUACAACGAGGGUGAUCAUUCGCAGCCUCAUAUGUGGCCACAAUGGUAUGGAAAGCCUGUAUGUGUUUUGCUGUUGACAGAAUGUGAGAUGAUUUUUGGAAGACUGAUUGGAACAGAUCAUCAUGGUGAUUACAGAGGCUCCAUUAAGCUCUCUCUUGCUCCUGGAUCAAUGCUUGUAAUGGAAGGAAAAUCUGCAGAUUAUGCUAAGCAUGCAAUACCCUCCAUCCGAAAACAAAGAAUACUUGUAACUUUGACCAAGUCAACACCAAAGCAGUGGGCCCCUCCCCCCCAAAAGCACCAUGUCCAGGUGGCAACAACACCGCCACUCCCUCUCCCUGUCCCUGUCCCUGUCUCUGUCCGUCCAAAUGGCAUCCACCCCAUUUUUGUUGCUCCUGCGAUGGCUUUUCCGGCACCACCACCACCACCACCCAUGGCUCCAUCUGCCACCACUGCAGGAUGGGCGGCAGUGGCAGCGGCACCUCCUUUGAGACAGGUGGCUCCACCACGGUUACCGGUGCCGGGCACCGGAGUGUUCCUUCCUCCGGGAAAACAUGAUGAUGAGAACAACAAUAACUCCACGUCACCAAAAGAGAAAGUGGAUGAAAAUCAUGGAAAGACAGAAACAUAA